CUAGGUUAGUUUGUAGCACGCGCUACGAGUAAGUAAUAUGUCAUUUGUAACAACUUUAAUAUAGAGUCUACUUUUCGCUUUUCGUCAUCAGUUUUAUUUUUGUAAUCAAUUUUAAUUUUCUCAUAUUAAUUAUAUUAAUUGUAUACAAAUAUGAAUUUGUAUCUAAUAGACCGAAAGCAGGUGACCUAUGCAUUUUGAGGUAUUUAAGUUAACCUAAAAAUGGAGCACACCAAAUCAUUUUUCUUAUCGGUUACUCAACGUAUUUUUAGCAACUGGACAGCUUUAAAGUUGGCAGUAGAACAUGGCAUGGGCUCAGUAGAAAGAGCAAUAGAAUUUUGUCCGUAUAUAACAGAAGUAUUGUAUAUGAAUGAGGGAUUGACCAGUGAUCAGAUUGCUGCCGAAAUAGAGGAUUAUAUGGAUGAACAACUUAACACGAUACUGGAAGAUAAUAGUACUGUACAAGUAGCAGAAGAAUUAUUAAGAUUUUAUCGAUUUUGCAUAGAAGGUAAUGAAUCUACAGCCAAAGUGGAACUUGAAAAAUUACCACCGUUACAGUCUUGGUUUACUUGUGAACGACCUACUCGAGCUACUCGUUCUCUGCCAGUAAAACAAGAUAGCAGCUCGGAUGAGGAUAUGGAUGUGGAUAAAAGUGAACAGGAAGCUGAUGGAUGGACAGUAGUUACAAACAAGCGAAAUAGAUAAUUUCCAACUUUGUAUAAAACAUAUCUUUACUUAGUGCU